AUGUCGGGCAAGAUCGAGCACCUUGUUAAACAAUACCGAACGCGUGAGGAGCUCAGCCAGCGAGGUGUGUGGCGUGGGGAGCUAUAUCGCCCUGAAGAAUUGAGAUAUUUUGAGCGAGGAUGGUGUUGGAAAACACUUUUGCUAGGCGAAGAGGACGAUUUGGUUACAAAUUUAGAAUCUGUUCAAAUUGGGGAUGAACCAGUCAGGGAGCGGGACUCGCGGGAAAUGUCAGGUGUGAGGAGGCUGACGCCCGUAACUGCCAUCUCCCACCCUUUAGAAGUGGAUGAUGAUCCUUUGAAAGAGAAUAUUCCGCUUGAGGAUACGCUUGACAUAGUUCGAUUGGAUGUUGAUCGGCUGUUGCUUGAUCCAGUCUUCGCAAAUGAAGCUACCAAGGAGGAAAUGAUCAAAAUCCUUUACAACUACGUAUUAGAAAAUGAAACAAGCUACAAGCAAGGGUACCACGAAAUAUGUGGUGCCGUAUAUUUGCAGAUGCGGAAGGAAGAUGCAGAGGCACGAACCGUUAACACCUUUAACAUAUUCAACAAAUUGAUGUCAAGAAUCCGUCCGGUCUUCUACGAAGAGGAGGCUUUAUUGAAAUGGUCCAGAGAGCGAUUUGAUGCAAUAUUUAAAUGCACUGCUCCUAAAUUAUACGAGCUUCUAGUAAAGCAUCACGGGAUGGAUAACACCGUUUGGCUAAUCCGAUGGAGCCGCUUGUUGUUUCUGAGAGAAUUAGAACUCGGAUACGCGCUGCGCAUCUGGGACCAUCUCCUGACAUUUUCAUACCCAUUGGCGGAUUUGGUGGCAUGCACAAUAGUGGUGAUGCUCAUAGUAAUUUCACAAGAGCUGCACACGUGCGAAGAUCAAGGUGAAGUGAUCAGUUUACUAUUGCAUUAUCCACCAGAAAAGCUAAUAGAUUGCACUGAUUUGAUGAAGUAUAGUGCCAGCUUGUACGAGUUGUUCGCAUCUCGGCAAUACGAGGACAUGUACGGUGUUGGUCAGACACUUUCGAAGAUCUAUAAUCGCGACUGGUACGACAAGAUAGCCGCAGUCCCGGAUCAAAACCGACUCAGGCUCGAAGAGAGAUUAAAGAGACGCGUAGAGAUGCGCUUAAAAAAGUAG